AUGGCGAAGUGCAUUUGGGACUUUGGAGCACGGAUUCAGCUUAAUGAACUUUUCCUGGACCGCGCGAGAAGUCAAUUCGGAGGCGGACUUGGCAUCGUACGCUAUCAGAGAGGAAACAUUUUCGUUGACGCGAAAAGGAAGAGAGCUGGAGAGACCGCUGCAUUUGCGCUUGACGCUGGUUUAGAUAGAAUAGUCGAGAUGAUCGAAGCAUGUUUCGAGAGCACUUUGGUUGGCGGGACGCUGAAGAUCUACAAACGAGUCCAAAAGAAGUUUUUAAAAUUUGCGGCAAAGUUUCGCACUCCCCUGGCUGCGUUGCACAAGCUUCGCAACGUCUUCAUAGCGCACCUGAUCGAGAAGCGCAGGCUCAAAGCCUUGCGCUAUCACGUCGCCGCUCUAUCGCACUUUUCUGGACCGCUUCCGCAAACCGACGAAAAGAUUUUGCGAGCGCUUUUGCGCUCUGCAAGGACCACCCCAGCAGUGAAGCACAGGAAGAAAGUCACGCCGAAAGAUGUGGAUAAGGUCAUAACCAGGGUUGAGCAAGAGAUCACCAUCAUUCCUUUAGCAGAAAACCAGACGGCCCACCUCCUUCAAGGAACGCUAUUAUCCGCAGACUCGCAAAAGUCCUUCGAGAAACCAACCUGUAAAUACGCUCACCUCCCAUUCGUCAGAGGAGGCGCCGCCACACCAGCCAUACGAGCAGGAAUCCAUCCGUCGAAUCUUAUGCGGGCAGGAAGAUGGAGGAUCGCCGAAGCCUUCGCCAACUACAAUUGA